UUUUGAUGGUUGUAGGGCAGAAGUAGUCCUCCACACCCAUAAAACUGAAAUUACUGGUUUACAAAACUUUUCAUGACAGUGGUGGUGGUACGCUUCACUGAAACGGAUUUCUACAGACAUUUGUAAUUCUACACAUUAGUUCGGGGGACCUUGAUAUCGUUUCUUAUUUUAGCUCACUUCGUUCUUUUGCAGUCAUGUCAUACUUGUGGAUUUUCUUAGUUGCAGCUCUAGCAAUCAUAACGAAAGGACAAGAUGGAUUUGACCUUUCUGACGCUUUGGAUGAUGACAGCCCAACCAAGGCUCCAAUUCCAAAGCGCCCAGAGGAACCCAAGAAACCCAGUGGAGGUGACAUGGAUCUUUUGGAUGCCUUAGGCCCAGAACCUGUUCCACCUGCUCCUAAGGACCCAAAGGCACCAGCUGGAGGUGGAUUUGAUCUUUCUGAUGCCCUUGGUCCAGAUCCAGAACCCAAGAAACCAGCAGUAAAACCACCAAAGAGUGGUGGAACUGGUGGGGGAGACUUCGGAGACUCUGAUCUGCUUGAUGUGGUUGACAGCGGUAGUGACUACAAACCAGAUAAAGGCAAAGGAGGAGGGCGUGUUCAGGACCCUUCCUAUGAUGUCAGUGGAGGGGGAGGUGAAGAGCAUCAAGAUGUAGAACUGCCCUGGACCCAGUUGCUGAAGCUACUAAGUGAUAACAUACCAGAGGGCUUCCAUAUGUGGAUACAGAACCUAAAAGAAGUAGUAGUUCCGUUGUUAGAGAGAGUCAUGGAGCUCCUUGAUGUGACUCAGAGCUGAAAGUUCUCUUGCAAGAUUUAAACUGUUAUGUUUGCUGGUUUGAAGCUGUGCAUGAAAAGUUGUCUUUUUUAGUUGGGGGGGGUAUUCGCUUUGUGGCUUUAAUGGAAGGUUUUUUAUUUGUCUCCUGGAAAGGACAGAGGUUCCUCUAGUGGGGAUAGAAGUAAUGUGUGCACUGUAUAUCAAGUGUGCCUCUGUAAACUGUAAAAAUGCUGUAACCCCAGUUUGUUUUUAAAUGUCUGAAUUUCCAAGGUGCUCCACUUUGUCCACUGUUUUACCACAAGCCAGUGAAACUACAUGCCUGGUUGUAAUUUUUUUGCUUUUACAUGGUGUUCUGUUGCUUCUUGGCCAAAAUGAACCUACUACUGAAAGAUAGCAUGCACAAUCAACUCCAAAGGAGAGGGUUGUGGCACAGAAAAUGCAGAAAAUCAUUUGAUGGAAUUUAAUUUACGAAAAGGUAAGGGGUCAAAGAAAGAAUUACUGCUAGCUAGACAGCCAAACACAUGUUUAUGUUAAAAAAACCCCCACAAAACUCCAUCUGUGAAAGGUGGUAAACAUUAAGCUUAGAAGGUCUUUAUCAUGUUUGGCUGCUGUUAGAGGCACAUUUUGUUAUUGAGGCUAUUUGAUCACAGGCAGUGAACUUGCUGUGGAUCCUUACAGGCAUCUAGUUUGCUUAUGUGAUCAUUUGUGAAACAGUUGCCUUCAGCUGUAUAUUACCAUUUACUUAUCAUUGCUACCCUUAAUCAUGAGAGCUGGGUGUGCAGACCUUUAGUGUCAAUUUUUGCAGAUGGUGAAAAAGCAAAAUGUGAAAUUUACUGUUAACUGUGCAUACUUACAUAUUUAACCACCAAUAUAUUAUACUAAGCACUCAGUUGAUCUGCAACCAAAUUAUCGGGAUUUGUAAUUUGAUUCUUGUAUCGGUAAAGGUUUGCGCUCCCAGUGCAAGAUAGAUAUACAGUAGGACUCUAAACCCAUCCAUUUCACUCCUGGUCUUCAUGAAAGAUGCCAUUCCACUGUCUUGGCAUGCUUUUGAUUACACGGCAAUCUUCCAAAGCUCUUAAAUAUCAUCAGCUAUCAAAGUUUUGUGUCAAUGUUGAAAUAAAGCCAUUUUGAGACAAAAACACACACACACACACACACAACCUCAAAGUUGCUCAGAAACUGAGCAAGUUGGUCCUUUUUAAAAUAAAAAAUUGAAAGGGCAUUUCCCCAUGCUUUUGCGGUAGGCCACGGUUCUAAAUUGCCAGCAUUGCAGAGCCUGACACAACAGGAAUGCCUUUGACUAUUCAUUUAGCUGAUUUAGAAUCUGGUGCAAUAAAGCUGGGUCAGACCUUCAGGGCCUGUUUAUCAGGAAUCAUAAUCCAUAAAAUUAAAACUAAUAAUUAGUGUCACGUGAAAAUGAAUAAACUGGUAUAUUAGUGUGACAUUUAAUAAAUUUGAAAUAAUACCUUUGUUUGUUUUUGGACAGUGUCCUUGAAGUAACAGGUUAAAAGCCAUAGCUGCUGUAUAUUGUUGCAGCCUGGACUUUUUGUGUGGAAAAGUCUUCGAGGAGUAAACUGAACAUACUCACUUCUUAAUUUAGAUGUGGAACUAAAAGAAUGCUUCUACUGUCGACUAAUAUAUGACUUAAUGUCUCUCCCUUGUGUUUUUUUCUUUUUCUAAACUAUUUUGCCAAAAUGCUAUUGUAUGUUAAUGUUUUAAGGAAAUAUUGUGCGCGUAAGGCUAUGGUAAAGGCAUGCCAAAUUUGGUUUUAAGUGAAGGUCUUUGCUUAGCAUCAGUCAUGUGUAUGUUUCAUGCAUGCUGUGGCUUACUUUCUGCUUUAAAAAAUUCUAACUUUUUAAAAUUUAAAUAAUUAUAUAAAUUCAUUAGACGCAUUGUAAAGUAGUCAUGAUAAAUGAGGACUGAUGGAAGGUGAUGCAGUUGCUUGCCCUAAAAAUCAGCCUACAACUGAAAUGAUGGUGAAGAAGCAGAAGAGUUCUACUGUUGUCUGCAUGACAAAUGGGUGUAAUAUUUUUUCACCCUGUAGAAUGCAGUGAAUGUGUUUGGUUGAGGCCUCGGGCAUGUAUAGCAUACUUCAGCUGUAUGUCAUUAUGAGGUGUGUCUGACAGUUUUUUUUUUCCCAAGUGCAAGCUUUAUAUGUCUGAUGAAUCAAGCUGACUGUUCUUGUUGAGUGGGGCAAGGUGCCUUCUCCGUUGAUAGCAAAAUCUUGUUGCGCAAUCGUUCAUAAAAUAAAAAAAA